UUUUUUUUUUUUUUUUAAUUCAACAUUACCUUUGAAUUGUCUUUACUCUUUAAAGUUCAUCAAAUACUUUAAUAAUCUCCGCAGCUUUCUAUCUCUCUUUUAUUUAUUUAUUUUUACUUUUUAUUUAUUUUUCUGUUUUAUCUCUUCAUCAGUAGUCUCUCAAUUAUACCAGAAUGUCAAGUAUUAAUAAUAAUCGCAUUAUUCCCCUAACUUGUUCAGGCCAUACAAGACCUGUUGUUGAUCUUCAUUUUUCACCUAUAACAGAAGAUGGAAAAUGUUAUUUAAUAUCUGCCUGCAAAGACGGUAAUCCUAUGCUGCGUGACGGUAUUACAGGUGAUUGGAUAGGCACGUUUCAAGGCCAUAAAGGAGCUGUCUGGAGUGCACGUCUUUCAAGGGAUGCUCAAAAGGCCGUCACUGGAUCUGCCGACUUUACAGCCAAGGUCUGGAAUACAGAAACGGGUGAUGAAAUUCAUUCCUUUGAACAUAAACAUAUUGUAAGGGCUGUUACUUUUAACGAUGAUGCUACAAAGAUGGUGACAGGUGGUCAAGAACAAGUUCUCAGGAUAUUUGAUCUUUAUCGACCUGAUUCACCUGCAUUAGAGCUGAUGGGACAUGAAGGCACGAUUCGUGCUAUUGUUUGGGAUGAAGCACGUCAUGCUGUCAUGAGUGCAGGUGAAGAUGCAGUAGUGCGUAUCUGGGAUUUACGUACAAUGCGUGAAGGUGGCAUGAUAAAGAGUGAGACAGCCAUUCCAACCAUGACAAUGUCUGUGGAUGGUGAAUAUAUUUCAUGGGCCGCUGGAAAGACGGCUAACUUUUGGAAAUUGGGCAGUUCAUUUGAUGAUGUAAAGACGAUUCAUACAAAAGAGAGUCUAACUUCUGUAUCUAUUCAUCCAAAUCAUCAACAAUUUGUAGCAGGUAUUGAAGAAAAGUUAUGGGUACAUAUAUAUGAUUUCAAUACAGGAGAAGUCGUAGAUGUUUCCAAGGGACAUCACGGUCCAGUUCAUACAGUUAGUUAUAGUCCUGAUGGUAAAAUUUAUGCGAGUGGUUCAGAGGAUGGAACUAUUCGAUUAUGGCAAACUGAUCCAACAAAAUCAUAUGGAUUAUGGCAAAAGAAUAAGCAACAACAGCAAGUUUAAUUCCAACACAUCUUAAUGUGCAUCUAUAAUAUGAGUCUUUUCUUCUUUUUUUAUUCAUUGUAUAGAAUAUGAUAUCCAUAUAUAUAUGUAUGUAUAUGUGUAUGUGUAUGUGUGUGUGUAUGUGUAUGUGUAUGUAUAUAUUUAUAUAUAUAUAUUAUAUAAGACUCUUAUGUAUACAUGUAUACUUUGUUUCCUUUUCUUUUUUUUUCUUUUUUU